AUGUCAAAUCGCACCAGAAACACUUACAAACCAAAGCCAUACCGGUGUUCCCAAUGUGGGAAGGGCUACACCAGCCCUCACGGUCUGAAGCAGCACAGGAGAGUCCACGAGCUGCCUGUCGCCCUCAGAAAGAUACAAGAUCAGCAGCAACCGCAAACUCAGCACCUCGACAGCUCGCGCGUGACCGUGACUCGAUCAGAAUCACCUGAACAACUCUCCUCUGUUCGUUCCCCUUCACUCGAACCACAGAUUCUCGACACUCCAUCUUUGACUCGUCCUCCCAAUCGAGUUGAAACUCAUCCAAUUCUUGAUGGCACCCCUUGCGAUGCUGAAGGCUUUGACUACGAUGGACCACCAGAGCCUCCGUUCGAAAAUGAAGCUCUCACUGAAAUCUGCUACCCAUUUAACUCCCCUUCCGAAUUCCGCCUCGCCGACUUUCUUUACGUCAAAAGUGAAAUGUCAGCCGGCAAAAUCGACGAACUCAUCGAGAUCCUUGCUGAGCUAUACCCCAACGAACCUCCACCAAUGGCUAACCACCGUGAGCUCUAUGCUCUAAUCGACUCCAUCAAAGAAGGCGAAGUUCCAUGGGACUCUUUCUCCGUCACUUACAAUGGAGAAAAGCCCACGCAUGGCAGCAUUCCACCUUGGAUGAUGCAACCGUACGAAGUUUGGUUUCGGGACCCUCUAAAGGUCAUGGAGAGCCAGAUUGGAAACCCCGACUUCAAAGAGAAGAUCGACUAUGCACCUAAGCGGGUCUAUCAGAAUGAUAAGCGACAGUGGAAGGACUUGAUGUCUGGGAAUUGGGCAUGGAAACAGGCAGAUAUACUUUCAAAAGACAUCAAUAAUCACGGGGCUAUGUUCGCGCCCAUCGUCAUGGGCAGCGAUAAAACAACGGUAUCAAUUGCUACUGGACAAAACGAUUUCUAUCCCCUCUACGCAUCCCUCGGCAACGUGCACAAUUCCGUUCGACGUGCACAUCGCAAUGCAGUCGCAUUAAUUGGAUUUCUAGCCAUCCCUAAAACCAGCAGAGAAUACGCAAAUGACCCGAAAUUCCGCCACUUCCGGCGCCAACUAUUUCAUACCUCUCUGCGACAUAUUCUAUCUAGCUUGGAGCCCUACAUGACGACACCUCGCAUUACUCGAUGUGGAGAUGGCUACUUCCGCCGCGUUAUCUACGGUCUUGGACCAUAUAUCGCAGAUUACCCUGAGCAAGCGCUUCUGGCUUGCAUUGUACAGGGAUGGUGUCCAAUAUGUACCGCCCCUUCCAACGAUCUCGAUAAGGAAGCGCUUGAUCACCAACAUGUGUAUCGAUCUCACGACCACACGGAUGACCUUUGCACUGCAUUCAGCCUUCGCGAAGUAUGGGAUGACUAUGGCAUUGUGGGAGACAUAAUCCCAUUUACUGCAUACUUUCCCCGUGCCAACAUACACGAGCUCAUCUCUCCAGAUCUGCUUCAUCAACUCAUCAAAGGCACGUUCAAAGACCACCUUGUGGAUUGGACAGUCCAGUACCUCACGGAGACACUUGGGAAGCAAGAGGCCGAGUCUGUGCUUGCCGAUAUUGAUCGAAGAAUUGCGGUGACCUCACCUUUCCCGGGCCUUCGUCGAUUCUAUGAAGGCAGAGGGUUUAAACAGUGGACAGGGGACGAUUCGAAAGGCCUAAUGAAGGUCUUGCUUCCAGCGAUUGCUGGCCAUGUCCCCGACCAGAUUGUACACACAUUUCGCGACUUUCUAGAGUUUACAUAUCUUGUACGGCGCUCCGUUAUCACGGAAGACGACCUCGAACGACUCGACAAUCUUGUAGCCAGCUUUCAUCGCAACCGAGAGAUCUUUCGUGACAAUGUGCGACCUACUGGCUUUUCACUGCCACGACAACAUUCGAUGGUUCACUACCGCCAUCUUAUCCAACAAUUUGGCGCACCUAAUGGUCUCUGUUCGUCUAUCACGGAAUCGAAGCACAUCAAGGCAGUGAAGAAACCAUAUCGCCGAUCCAACCGCAACCGCCCGCUGGGCCAAAUGCUCGUUACAAACCAGAGGACGGAUAAAAUCCUUGCCAUGCGUACAAAGUUUCGGACAGUAGGUGCUUCGUCCUCAAGCACAGUCCCUCAACUUCCCCUUGAACCUUCAACUGUACCGGCAACUUCAUUGGAUCUCGAGAGCGACCACUUCGAUGCCGAUGCUAUUGACGAACCUGCAAGUAUGGGUGACAUCAAACUAGCCAAACGAGCAGUCCCCCGGCGCGCUCGCAACGUUUACGAGGUUGCUUCGGAGAUUCAGCAGCCUCAGCUCAUCGAUGGAAUCCGACAAUACUUGUACAACUACACUGCCAACGGCAUCGCGCAAUCGUCUCAAGAUAUACCUCUCGACCUCUGUCCGGAUAUUUCAGCACUGAAGAUUCACACCUACCCUUCAGCUCGUGCCGAUUUCUUUGCUCCCAGUGACGUCUCCGGGAUUGAAGGCAUGCGUACGGAGCGCAUUCGCGCUGUGCGAAGCUGGCAGGGAGGGAGGCCUCGUUACGAUUGCGUCUUCAUUGGGGCCUCUGAUGAACCUGGAUUCCGUGGGCUUCUCGUUGCUCGCGUUUUCCUUUUCUUCCAGCUAUCCUACUGCGACGAGAAACAUCCCUGUGCCCUUGUACAGUGGUACUCCACCGUUGGUGAUGAGCCCUGUCCUGAUACUGGGAUGUGGGUGGUCGAGCCGGAUUUCAUCCGAGGGAAACCCUCGCUCGAUGUUAUCCAUUUGGAUUCCAUCUUCCGUGCGGCACAUCUCAUUGGUUAUGCUGGGAAACAUCGGAUUCCUAUUUACGGUUUCGACUAUACUCAUUCAUUAGACCAUUUCCGAGUAUUCUAUGUAAAUAAGUAUGCGGACCAUAAUGCACACGAGAUUGCUAGUUGA